AUGGCGUCUACCGAAAAUGAAAUUUAUGAGGAAUCGAACGGGCAACUCGGAAAUGAAAAAGAAAAUGACGAAGUCCUUCAAAAAAGUGAAAGGGCGUAUGGGUUGAGGAGUUUGAGGGUUACCGUAAAAAAUAACAAGAUUCUUGUGAAAGAAACUCAAAAGUUUCUAUUUCUUAAUUUUAUUGUUUCGAUAACUAUGAUAAUUACCUGGGUUUUUUUACUUUUUAUUCACAAUUACCAUCCGAAAUUAAUUGAGAAUUAUUUAAAAUACGUAAAAAGUGCCAUUUCCAUAUCGGCUAUCCUGACAUCUGUGUAUUCGAAUAUAAAAUUCUUUUUUUCGGAAUGUGAAUAUACCGAAUCCUUUCCAUUUCCGAAUAAUGACGAAAUCGUUGAUGUUUCUUUGAGAUUAGUUAAAUAUGAGGAGUUAAGCAGAGUGGAAAAUACUAUAAAGAGAAGGAAUGAAGAAUUGAAAACAACAAGAAAGAGAUAUUUAAUUCUUUCAAUUUCUUAUAUUUUGAUAAUGAUAGCUAUUUUUCUUUACAAUGUCUACUCCACUUCAUAUCCAGACGGUCGAAGUGUGAUUGAAUCUAUCGAUUUCCUGAUUGGAUUCCUUAUUUUUACAUCUGUUAUGCUGUACUUUAUUCAAAUAUUUUAUCCAGAAUGGCUUCAAAAUCCUUUCAGUUUUAUCAUUAUUUCCAUUCUUGAAUUUAUCAUGCAUCCUCUUUACUAUAUUUUAUGGAUAUUUAAUUACACAAAAAAAGAUGCAAAUUCUGAUACGGUAAAAUCUUUUGAUGAUCAAAUCAAAGUUCGUUGUUGCUGUUUCAGCCGUUAUUUUACACGCGUAGUUUUUAAUGAUUCUGAAGAGGAAAACUUAGAACGUCUUUUUAAUGGCUUAGGCCUGAAAGAGAAAUCUGGUUCAGUAGCAUGA